AUGGAAGUGUUACCCUUGCCAUUUCAUAUCUUAACCGUUUGCGGCUUUUGGUCACCUCAAAGUCUUAACACGGUUUUUAAAAAAUGUCUGUAUAAUAUAUUUUCAUUUAUCAUGUAUUUCUUAAUUUCUUCAUUCACAUUAAGUCAUUUAGUAGAAAUAAUAAUGAGUGCAAACAAUUUCGAAGAGUUAACAGGAAAUUGUUUCAUGGUUUUAUCUAUGCUUAAUGUUUGUUGUAAAAUGACAAACAUUUUAUAUUUUCGUAGCGACAUUCUUCAAUUAUUGAAAAAUCUAUCUAGUAGUCGCUGUAGAGCACAAAAUAUAGAAGAGCAAAAUCUACUACAGAAAUUUCACGAGAAGGCCAGAUUUGUUACAUUGUGCUAUGCAUCUUUGACGGAGACCACGUGCAUAUUAAUAACAGCUCGAACAUUUUUUGUCAGUGUUAACAGAAUUUUGCCUUUUAAAGCUUGGAUACCCUAUAAAAUAACAUCAAGCAGUAUUUAUUGGAUAACCUUUUUUCAUCAAACAAUAGCCCACGUUGGAGCAGCUAACCUGCAAAUUGCUAAUGAAACUUUAAUAUGCUGGUUGAUGAUACAAGCAUGUUCUCAAUUAGAAUUAUUAAAAUAUCGAUUAAAAAAAAUAACAAAGUCUAAUACCAUUUUCGAUAACAAUAAUUUUCUACGCUCAAGAAAUAGUAUCUCGACCUACUCCUAUUCUUCACUCUAUUCAAAAAAUACACUUGUUGAAUGUGUGAAACAUCAUCGCUGCAUAAUGAAAUUCUUAAAACAUCGUACUCAGUUUUUAAUCUUCUUCAACAAACAUCUGUAUAAUAGUAAAUAAUUUGACAUCUCUUUAUAUAAGAACAUUUUUAGAAUGGACUAAAAAUUAAGGCACGAUAAAAUAUAGGUACAAAACAAUUAUUAACAUUCAUGCGCUGGCUUUGUAAUAAAUAGAAAUAUUAAUUUUUUAAGUUGAUUUUUUAUAUUCAAAAAUCCGUAUAGAAAUUUAUUAUAAAAUAGAUUCGAUUAUAUAUUAUUAUAUUAUGAAAUUAAAAACAAAUUUAAUAUUUAGUG